GACAACAUCGCCAUUGCUCUUUCCGCUGUGACUUUUUUGCUCUGUUCCUUCGCCAUAAUGUUUGUCUUUUACUUCGAGUCUGGCUACCGUCACCACUUGGAGAAGACCGAGCCUUUGUGGAAGUUUCUGGGCGUCAAAGGCAUUGUGUCCGUGACCUAUUUUCAAUGGCUGGUUAUCUCUGCGCUUGCCUCGCCGCUCAAGUGGACUUCGAAUCAGGUCUACCUUUUCCACUGCCUCCUUUACGCUUUCUGGAUGCCGCUGCUGGCGCUGGUGCAUACCUUUCUUGCUUAUCCCUUCUAUUCCUUCCGCCGUUCUGAGCAGGCCGAAGGGGCCCUGGCCCCGAUGGCGCCCUGGCUUUUGACCUGGCUGAAGACGUUGGAAGAGCCAAGUGAACAGCGAAGGGCGGAGCGAGGGGGAGCAGAG